AUGGAUAGCGGGAACACCAACUUCUUGGAGUACAGGAGUUACAAGAUCAUCUACAGGCGGUACGCAGGGAUGUUCUUUAUCUUCUGCGUUGACAUGAACGACAACGAGAUGGGAAUGCUGGAGCUCAUCCAUCUCUUCGUGGAAGUGUUGGACGGGUACUUUGGCAACGUCUGCGAGCUCGACCUCGUAUUUCACUUCGACAAGGUCUAUCGCAUCCUGGACGAACUUCUUCUUGCCGGAGAAGUCUCCGAGACCUCCACCCGAAACAUCAUCUCCAUCAUGAGGAGUGUGGACAAGAUGGACUGA